CUCUUCUCCUUCGAAACUGCAGAAGGCUCCUGGUCACCAUUGACCAAACCGUGGUUUCUUGCACGUCGCAACGAAAUCUGGGUCUCUGCCGGACACCCCAGCAUGCCGGGUCACGCCUUCCGCAUUGGUGGAGCGGGAGCCACAGAACUGCUAUUAGAAGAGGUCCACCCAAACGUCGGCGCCAGGGUCGUUGGAAAUCACGUGCUUUCCUGUACGGCGUCAGAUCGAAUCCAUCCUUCCACUUUUCAUUUCUACUGCCAUUAA